UAUAGAUGUUUCCCUUAAUCAAUUCAUUAAAGAAAUCAAGUUUAUUGUUGAGUUGUUUGGUGNAGGAAAAUGCUGGUCGUGUUGAUUGGAGUAAAAUAGUAAGUGAAACAUAUGAAUUAGCUGAAGCAGGUCUUAAAACAAACUACUAUGGAGUCAAGGAAUUAACCAAAACACUUAUUCCACUUCUUCAGUUUUCAAGCUCUCCAAAAAUUGUAAAUGUUUCCUCGUACAUGGCAAGGCUUGAGAAUAUGAAGGAUGGAAGGCCUAAAGAAGUACUCAGUGAUGCUGAAAACCUUACAGAAGAAAAGAUUGAUGAGAUUUUGGAUGAAUUUGUGAAGGCCUUUAAAGAGGGUUCACUAGAAAGCAAAGGUUGGCCUUAUGCAAUGUCUGCAUAUAGUGUCUCAAAAGCUGNUCUUAAUGCCUACACAAGGAUUCUAGCUAAGAAGUAUCCCUCAUUCUGCAUCAAUGNUGUUUGUCCAGGCUAUGUGAAAACAGAUAUAAACUAUAAUACAGGUUUUCUCACACCAGAUGAAGGUGCUGAAGCUGCAGUGAGAUUGGCAGUGCUACCAGAUGAUAGCCCUUCUGGCCUUUUUUUCUUUAGAAGUGAAGAGAUACCAUUUUGA